CAAACGUAUUGUAUGCGGUACUACAGUUGUGUCAUGUUGGCGGAUAAAAUUAUUAUACAUGGAACUUUGAAGGCAUUUUAGUAAAAAUCUCCUCCCUCUUAUUUUCGAAUCCUUUUCCAUUCUGCUAGUAUCAAACGCUGCUAUUGGUCCCAACCUUGGCCAAUGAAGAGCACUGUUGUACACACUACUCUGCUUUCCAUGUGGGAACAGGGAACUCGUUGCCGCUACCUGCUAAAGCAGAAACAUGCUGCGUCGAGAGGUUAGACUGAGGCGGGAGUACUUGUACAGGAAGGCACAAGAAGACAGGCUCCGAACAAUUGAAGAAAAGAAACAGAAGCUGAAGGGUGCUCUCGAUGAAAACUGUCUACUUCCAACUGAGGUACGCAAAGAUGCAUUGCAGCUCCAGAAACUUCUGGAGUAUGAUGAUGAUGGCCAAGAGGGUGUCAGCUCACAUAUGGAUGAUGAGUACAAAUGGGCUGGAGUUGAAGAUCCAAAAGUCAUGGUCACCACUUCGAGAGACCCGAGUUCCAGACUCAAAAUGUUUGCUAAGGAGGUAAAGUUGAUGUUUCCUGGAGCUCAACGCAUGAACAGGGGAAACCAUGAGAUAGCUACACUGGUGCGAGCCUGCAAAGCCAACAAUGUUACUGACCUUGUCAUCAUUCAUGAAACCCGAGGACAGCCAGAUGGCCUAGUGGUGUGCCACCUGCCAUUUGGACCCACAUCUUAUUUCACACUUUAUAAUGUGGUAAUGAGGCACGAUGUCCCAGACAUAGGCACCAUGUCUGAGGCCUACCCCCAUCUCAUCUUUCACAACUUCACCUCACGGCUUGGCAAGCGGGUAUCCAAUAUCCUCAAGUAUCUUUUUCCAGUACCGAAAGAGGACAGUAGGCGUGUAAUCACAUUUGCCAACCAAGAGGACUUCAUCUCUUUCAGACAUCACACCUACAAGAAAAAAGACCACAAGAACAUAGAACUGAUAGAAGUGGGGCCCAGGUUUGAAAUGAAAUUAUACAUGAUCAAACUCGGCACCCUGGAAAAUGAGGACACAGCAGAUGUUGAGUGGCGACACCACGCAUAUACACACACGUCGAAGAAAAGAAGGUUUCUGAGUGUUGAAUAGGUUUCAAUUUUCAAUAUAAUCCAACUUUUGGAGAGUUUAUAAAACACGUGUGUUAUAGAAUGACUUGCAUUAUGUCCACUGUAGAUGUCAGUAUUUGGCAAUAGAUGGCUAAAUGUCCAUGUUUACACACACUUCGGUUUUAUG